GAUGUCAACUUUACUUAUUAAUGUCUUUUUUACGUACUAGCCAUCAACAAUAACGUCUAUCAAACCUUAUAUCGUUUAAUUUGUACCAAACAAAUACAAACAUACGCUUCGAUACAUUAUUUAAAAAUAUUAAAUCGAUAAAAAAUUCUUCACUUAGUAACUGGAAUGUUUGUUAGGAUCUUAUAGGCCACAUACAAUACAACAUACGUCAUUACAGAAUAUUGUAUUUGCCGUUAGUCUUUUGUUUUCCGUUUGUUGGAAAACAUGGCUACAUUAAAGUAAUUAAUUUAUCGUAACUAAUAAGUUAUUGAAUUAGUCUUUAUCGCCAAUCAUGUCUGACUUAGAUGUGAGGAAAAGAGUGAAAGUAACUUGGAGUGAUGACUUGAGUCAUAACUCAGAAGAAGACAGAGAGCGGGAGCGACAAGCACAACUUGAACGAGAAUUAGCUGAGCAGCCCGUGAAACCUGUCUACGAGCCCGAUGAGCUGCAAAAGCUGAUUACCUACAUUAUGAAAAUGACUACCUUGUAUGACCUAAGAGACGAAGACUGGAACGACGAGGCGAAGAAAGGCAUUGAGGAAUGGCUGACUGAACCGAAAGCAUUAAUUCUUUGUGUUUAUUUUAAAGCCGAUAAACUUAAAGCCUCUAGUGAUGUACCAAUGUCUCCUGUCUACGAUUUGACGUAUUUUUUGCGACAACCGGACUAUGUGUUUAAAGCUGAGACAUUUCAUGACGAUAUUGUGUUUGGCACUUUCGUGGACUCUGUUGAGGCAAAUUUGAUACAAAUAUUGGAACUGAUGUACGCUCCGUAUUUUUUUGCCAUUACCACAUGGCCAGACAGUGUGAAAAGUGAAUUUUGUUCUCAAUUGCAUACAUUUUUGGCAAAACUAACAGAUAUGUAUUAUAAAAUGCUUGGCCUCACUGUUCUAUACAUUCCACGAGAAGGCCAACAACUGUCUUUCGAAAAGGCGAGCACUAAUAGAGAGUUAGUGAAGAGAUUGGAAGGUGUGGUAGUUUACUGGACCCACCAGAUCAAAUCUUGCAUUGAAGAUCAGUCGUCGGUUGCCUCUCAGAAAGAACUCCUAUGUCCUAGCGAUGAAUAUGAGUUUUGGGUAUACAGGCAUGAGAACCUGAAUGCUCUAGCCCAUCAACUGCAAAAUCCUGCAGUGAAGCAUAUAACCAAAAUAUUAGUCACGACCCAUUCAACAUUUAUUCACCAGUUUCAAUCUCUUUGUGAAGAAAUCAUGCAAAAAAUUAAGGAAGCUACGUCUAACAUCGAAUACUUGCAAGUGAUAAAACAACCGUGCGCUAUUUUAGAGUGCGUGGUUGAUCCGGACGAAAUUUCAAAUCACAUUCCCACUAUAAUAAACCUCUUUAGAUUUAUUUGGAUGGAGUCGCCUUUCUACAACUCUGAAACGCGCAUCACAAACCUCUUCAAAGCACUUAGCAACCAAAUAAUUAUUCUGUGCAAGAACUAUAUCAAGUUAGAUGAAUUGUUUGAUGGACAAACUAAGAAGGCACUGGGGGAAUUCACUAAAUGCAUUGAUUGUUGUAAGAAAUAUAGAGAAAUUUAUGACCUAAUGGCAGAAGCCCAUAGCGAAAAAAACCCUGGGACUUGGGAGUUAGAUACCGGCUCUAUAUUUAACUAUAUCGACUCUUUCGUACAGAGAUGUUUCGAUAUGCUCGAUGUAUGCAACUGUAUGAUUAUUUUUGCUAGAAUUGAUGAGCUAGAAGUUAUCAGCAAGCCUAUGUUUGGGGGAGCCCAUGGCGACCAAUUCGAAGCUAAAUGCGACCAGAUAGAGCACAUGUUUCAUGAUGCUCUGGAUAAUGUUAAGGCAGUUGCCAACACUAUUCUGGACGUUCAGGCUCCAUCCUGGUAUGAUGAUAUACUUCAGUUUCGAACGGUUAUUAAGGAUAUCGAGAUAAUUAUCGAGAACUUGGUGGAAACUGUAUUCGAAGGUGUCAAUCACGUCGAGGAGGCUGUCAUUGCGCUAUUCUCCUUACAUAAUUACUCUAAGAGAAAGAAUCUGAAACGCAUAUUCAAAAGAAAGACUGCAGAGGUGUGGGCAAUGUUCAGUGAUGAAGUCCAAGAAGCUAAAAAGGAGACUGUGACGUCUCGCGGGACAUACGUCGCAGACCUUCCGUCUUUCGCUGGUCGAGCAGCGUUGCUUCGAGUCCGCAGGAAUAGACUAGCGUAUCUCAAAAAGGUUCUUAUCGACGCGUCCGUGUGGAUGAUGCCCUGCAGCAACUCUGAGGACGUGGUAAUGCAUGUCAAUAGAUUAAUGGGAGCCAUGGAUGUAGCCAUCAGAGAGUUGUGGAUUUCCUGGACUCACAAUUUGGAUGAAAAGUGUUCGGCUGGUUUGAAUAAAACGUUGAUGCGUAAGAGCGCGGAAAACCCUGGAUUGCUGGAAUGCAACAUUGACGUGAAUAUCUUAGAACUUUGCAAGGAGGCCAGUCACUGGGAAAACCUCGGUCUAGAUAUACCUCUGUACGCUUAUCAGGUUUAUAUGAAGAGCAAGACAGUUUUCUAUGUCUAUGAAAGUGUCCUGGCUGUCGUGAAGGGCUACAAUAAGAUACUAGAUUCCCUUUCAGAAGAGGAAAGGCUGCUGUUCAAGCCAUUGACACUGGCAUGCGAGAAAAAAGUUCAACCUGGUAUCACUAAACUAACAUGGACAUCCACAAUGUCUGAUGCUUAUAUAGCUGAUUGUGUAACUCAAAUCGGCGAACUACAAGACUUCCUCACCACUUAUAAAAACUGCAAUAUAAAUUUAGUAAAAAUAAUGGAAAAGAUCUGCGACACACCCCUUAUUGAAUUUGAUAUCUACAAUGUAUUUGAGAUAAGUUUUUUGCGCAAAACAAUAAGAAAUAUGCAAGAAGUAGCUGCUGCUCGCAUAUUGGAUAUGUAUAAAGAAAUUAUAACUUACGUGAUUAUAGUUUAUGAAGGAUUCGAAGCAUACAUAACACAGAUGGCCGGGCAUUGGGUUAAAUACGUUAAGAGAUGGGAUAGAUUAUUGGAGGAUGCCCUCCGUUUAGCGAUAAAGGCCACUAUGCAAAAUAUGUACAAGGCAGUUCACGGAGAUGGUACAAUGGCACCUUCACCUUUGAUUAAAAUGAACCUGUAUCUGUCUAGUAUCAAUACGAUAGUGUAUAUACCCAGUCGCGACGAACUCAUUGACACGUUUACAACCGUCCUUGAGGAAAUUAUCCAUCUCAUUGGAACAGUUCCAAGAUUGUAUGAAAAGUUUGGUCUGCCGGCUGGUGGUCUCAAGAAGUUUAAAGAAGUUAUACUGACAGACGCAGACAGCAACAAACUACAGUCACUGAUAGACGCUGAAAUCGAGUACAAUAUUUCUUUAAUAAACGAUCACAUACGCAUGUGGGAUCCUUACUCUCAUAUAUGGAAAAUAAACAAAGACGAAUUCAUGAUUAAAUAUCGUAACGAAAAGCACACGGCGGCUGAGUUCGACGCCUUGAUCAUUAACUACAGUGACCUGGCCAACGCCGUUCAAAUACAGGAAACUACCAACCAGAUACAUUUCGUAACACUUAACUCUAGUGAACUUAAAAAAUCAAUCAUUGCUCACUGUCUUGUUUGGCAAACUAAAUUGGGAGAAUUGCUCAGGAAAAUAACGGAAACAGAUAUUGACGUCGUUUAUAAUUACACCGAGCAAAGCAGCACUGAAGCCAUGACUAUGCCGACGGAUUUGAAAGAGUUGGCUUCGGCCAUGGCUACGUAUGAACGUUUGGUGUCAGAGAUUCCGACGAUUGAGAAAACUUUUCCACCGAUAACCGAGAAAAUGACGACUUUAGCUAAAUUUGAGGUUGAACUCAGUUCAGAUAUGACCGCUCGACAUGAUAAUAUUCCCGUGAUGUGGUCUGAAUAUUUGACACUUUUGGAAGAGGCCAAAAAAGCAUUGGAGUUAAAUAAGGAUAAGUUUAAAACUGAACUACUUGUACAAGCUGAGGAAUUCAAAGAGGCGGCUAAAGAUUUUUGCGAAGAUUUUUACAAAACUGCUCCCUGCAGUUCCGAUAUAACUGGCAAAGAUGCACUGUCCCAACUCAAGGCUUAUAGAGACCACCUCAAUGCACUCAGAGCUCAGGAACAACAGAUCAGAGAUGGACUUGCAGUUUUUAAUUUGACGACGCCGGUCAAUCUCGACUUACAAAAGAUGGAAAAGGAAUUGGAAAAAUUGGAGGAAGUUUGGGGACUGGUGUUCCAAUGGGAAGAGUCUUGGGAGAAAUAUAAAACACAGACAUUUUGGGAAAUGGAGACAGACGAAAUGGAAGACAACGUCAUGUUCCUCUUCAGAAACUUUAAUCGCCUCUCACGCCAGCUGAAAGACAAGGGUUGGGAUAUCAUUGAUACCACUAGGGUCAAGGUUGAUGCAUUUCGACGCACGUUGCCAUUGAUUAAUGAUCUCAAAAACCCUUGUAUGAGGGAGAGACAUUGGGAUAGAAUAAAAACUCUCAUGGGAGUAGAAUUUGAUCAAAACUCUGAAGAUUUCAAACUCGAAUUGAUAAUGAGACUCAAUUUCCAAGCGUACGCUGAAGAUAUCGCAGAAAUAUCUAACGCUGCGACGAUGGAAUUGAAUAUUGAGAAUGGUCUUAAAACUAUUCGCGAGAUUUGGAAAGCUACCACCUACGAAAUGCAACAUCAUAGGGGUGAAAUGUAUAGAAUAAAAAAUGUAGAAGAUGUUAUGCAGUUUUUGGAAGACCAUCAAGUUCAGUUAUCUUCUAUGAAAUCAACAAAGUAUGUGGAACCUUUUAUAAAAGAAGUUGAUUAUUGGGAGAAAUCUUUGGGAUAUCUGGCGGAAUGUAUAGAGAUUGCUUUACAAGUUCAGCGUCGUUAUUUAUAUCUCGAGAGUAUAUUUAGUGGAGAAGACAUUAGAAAACAACUACCGAAUGAGGUUCUUAUAUUUGAUGCGCUAACAGCUGACUGGACAGAAAUAACUAGCAACAUGUACGCCGGAAAAAAUGCUAUUGAAGCAUGUCUCUACAAGCCGGCACCAUAUUUGUUUAAUAAGCUCAAUCUUAUGGUUGAUAAUCUAGAUGGUAUUCUAAGAGCUCUUGAAAAGUAUCUCGAAACCAAGAGACAGCUUUUCCCAAGAUUUUAUUUUAUUUCAAAUGAUGAUCUGCUCGAGAUAUUAGGAAAUUCAAAAAAGCCACAAUUAAUUCAAGUCCAUUUGAAGAAGCUUUUUGAUAAUGUCAAUAAAAUUAGAAUUGACAAGAAUGCUCUUGGUCUGCCGGUGGCAAAAGCCAUGAUGUCCGAAGAUGGUGAAUGCAUAGAGUGGAAAUACAAUCUGGUAUUGGAUGGUCCCGCAGAGGUCUGGCUAUUGGGUUUGGAACACACCAUGAGGGUUGUACUUAGAGAGCAACUGAUUCUGACUCGUGCUGCUCUAAGGAAGUGUCGCUAUCAGCGCGAACAGUGGAUCAACGAUUGGCCGGGACAACUUGGCAUCACUUGCAGCAAGAUUCAAUGGACUUCCGACUGCACAAGAACGCUCUGUCGCUGCGAAAUAAUGAAAGAGAAGAAACCAUUAAAAAAGCUGAGGAAGAAGCAAAAUCUGAUCCUGACGACGCUGCAGAACAUGUCCAGGAAAGAAAUCUCUAAAAUACUGCGCUGCAAAGUGAACGCCCUGUGUGUUAUUGAAAUACAUUCGAGAGACACUGUGGACAGAAUGUACAAGAUGGGUUGCAUGACUGUGAGUACAUUCGAGUGGUUCUCGCAGCUCAAGUUCUACUGGGACCGCGAGCGGGAGGAUUGCUACAUUCGUCAAACGAACACGAACUCCAUAUACACUUACGAGUAUAUCGGUAAUUCUGGUCGACUUGUCAUCACCCCGCUCACAGACAGAUGCUAUAUAACGCUCACCACAGCCCUGAAUCUAUUCCGUGGCGGCAGUCCUCAGGGGCCUGCGGGGACGGGAAAGACUGAAACCACCAAGGACCUCGGCAGAGCGCUGGCUAGAUGGGUCGUGGUCACUAAUUGUUCGGAUGGGCUAGACUACAAGUCCAUGGCGAAGUGUUUUGCAGGCAUAGCUCAGUCUGGCUGCUGGGGCUGCUUCGACGAGUUCAAUCGUAUAAACAUCGAGGUGUUGUCUGUGGUGGCCCAGCAGAUCCUGGCCGUACUGCUGGCGCUCUCCUUGAACAUGAAGCGGUUCGUGUUCGAAGGAGCGGACAUCAAGCUGGACGGCAACUGCGGGAUUUUCAUAACUAUGAAUCCAGGUUACGCUGGACGAACAGAGUUACCGGACAACCUCAAGUCGAUGUUCCGGCCUAUCGCCAUGUGCGUGCCCGACUCGCUUAUUAUAGCUGAAAACACGUUAUUCUCAGAUGGCUUCACCGCUUAUAAGAUUAAUGCUAAAAAGGUGUUCACUUUGUACCAACUGGCGAUGCAGCAGUUAUCGAAGCAAGAGCAUUAUGAUUUCGGUUUGAGGUCCAUGGUAGCACUGCUCCGGUAUGCUGGAGUUAAGAGGAGGGCGUACCCCAACUUACCAGAACAAGAGAUGGUAAUACUCGCUAUGCGCGAUAUGAACGUAGCCCGUCUGACCGCCAAGGACGUGCCUCUGUUCGACGGGAUCAUGAGAGACAUCUUCCCCGACGUGGAGAUCCCCACCCUGGACUAUGAGAUGCUGGAAACGGCCAUCUCCGCUGAGAUGAGGGCGUUGACCUUACAGCCGGUCCGGGCCGCUCUGCACAAAGUUAUACAGACUUAUGAAACUAAGAAUUCCCGGCACUCGAGCAUAUUACUGGGCGAUACGAACACAGCUAAGAGCGUUUCCUGGAAGAUGCUGGCGGCCACCCUCAGUCGUCUGCAUCGGGAGAAGGUGCCGGGCUUCGAGAACGUUCAGGUCCACCCCAUGAACCCCAAGGCUUUGACCUUGGGCGAGCUGUAUGGGGAGUACAACCUGGCUACAGGAGAGUGGAAGGACGGAGUGCUAUCUUCCAUCAUGAGGACUACUUGCCAAGACGAGUCUCCGGACCAAAAGUGGAUCAUCUUCGAUGGUCCGGUGGACGCGAUCUGGAUCGAGAACCUCAACUCUGUGAUGGAUGAUAAUAAGCUGUUGACCCUCGUCAAUAGCGAGCGGAUCUCCAUGCCAUCGCAGGUGUCCUUGCUGAUUGAGACCCUGGACCUGGCGGUAGCGUCCCCGGCCACGGUAUCUCGGAAUGGUAUCGUUUACAACGACUACAAGGACUGGGGCUGGUGGCCGUUCGUCAACUCCUGGCUGGAGUCCGUGUCUGAUAUAGAAUAUAGAGAGAACCUACGUCACCACUUCCAGAACAUUUUGACCCCAGUGCUGGAGUUGAAGCGGCUGCACCUGGUGGAGGGACAGAGUGUUCGUAGCCAGGAGUUGACAGGUGUGAGGUCUCUGUGCCGCCUGCUGGACCCUCUGCCAGCGCCCGCUCCUCCCCUUCCCGACCAGGAUGACAACGAGACCUUUUCCAAGAUGAGGUUCUUGUUUGCCAUGAUUUGGUCCGUAUGCGCUACUCUAGAGGAAGAAUCUCGUCGGAAGUUGGACAACUGGAUCCGGGAGCAUGAGGGCGUGUUCCCACUCAAGGACACCGUUUACGAUUACUUCGUCGACGAAAGACUGAGACAGUUCAAGUCUUGGGAGGAAAAGUUACCGGAUAAUUGGAAAUACAAUCCAGCGUUGGGCUUCCACACGAUCUUGGUGCCGACCGUGGAACUGGUUCGUGUGCAGAACGUUGCUCUGGAGACGUUGAAAGCUGGACAUGGCGUGCUGGUCGGCGGACCGAGUGGGACCGGGAAGACCUUUCUGGUGCAAGGAACACUGGCUGGACUCGAUCCCAUCAAAUAUAGCACGCAGGUAAUAAACAUGUCGGCUCAAACGACAGCAGCUAACGUGCAAGAUAUCAUAGAGGCCAGGCUCGAGAAAAGAACUAAGGGCAACUAUGUACCAGCUGGAGGUAAGAAGAUGAUAGCUUUCAUGGACGACAUCAACAUGCCGGUCCGCGAUGACUACGGCUCGCAGCCACCGCUGGAGCUGGUGCGGCUCUGGUAUGACUACGGGUACUGGUUCGACAGACAGAAGCAGUGGAGGAAAAAUGUCAAGGACAUGGUUUUGUGCGGUGCCGCGGGUCCACCUGGCGGCGCUCGCUCUCCUCUCCCGCCGCGACUGCUGUCCUGUUUCCACUCAUUCUUCCUGCCUUCUCCCACACAGCAACAACUCGUGCGCAUCUUUGGAACUAUGCUGUCGCAGCACUUGCAGGACUUUGAUGAGGAAACUAAGACCGUUGGAAAAAUUGUAUUAAUAGCGACCAUAGACAUGUUCAACAAUAUAGCUGCUAAGCUGCUGCCAACUCCCAGCAAGAUGCAUUAUCUGUUUAACUUGAGAGACAUAUCCAAAAUAUUUCAGGGUUUACUGAGAAGCAACAAAGACUACCAGAACACUAAACCACGGUUUUUAAGGCUGUGGGUCCACGAGUGCUUCAGAGUGUUCGGUGAUCGUUUGACCGAAGAAAAGGACCGAGAUUGGUUCAUGAAUCACAUGGGUGACAUGUUGGGUAAGCACUUCGAGCUGACCUUCCACGCGCUCUGCCCCUCCAAGAGCCCGCCCAUCUUCGGACACUUCCUCAAUCCCUUCGAGGUGUACGACGAUUUGAAUGACCCCAACGCUUUAAGAAAGUACAUAGCGAACCAGAUGGAGGAGUACAACAGCUGCCCGGGCGUCGUGAAGAUGGACCUGGUGCUGUUCAAGGACGCCAUCGAACACAUCUGCCGCAUCGUGCGCGUCAUCUCGCAGCAGCGAGGGAACAUGCUCUGCGUCGGCAUCGGCGGCUCCGGGCGACAAAGUUUAACCCGAGUAGCGUCCUACAUCUGCGAGUGCAACUCGUUCCAAGUCGUGGUUACCAAGACCUACGGCGUCAAAGAUUUCCGAGAAGAUUUGAAGGUGCUAUACACAAGCUGCGGAGUAGACACUAAGAAGACCACAUUUAUUUUUUGCGACACUCAAAUAGUCGAGGAAACAUUCACAGAGAUCGUCAACAAUUUGCUCAGCAGCGGAGAGGUCACCAAUCUUUACAAACCUGAUGAAUUUGAAGACAUUAAAUCGGCUCUGGAGAAGCCCAUGAAGAACGCGAAUAUACUACAGACAGCUGAGAGCGUGUAUCUGUUCUUGGUAGAGCGAGUGAGAGCCAACAUGCGGAUAGUGCUGUGCUUCAGUCCCAUUGGAGAUGAAUUUAGGAAUCGCAUUCGUCAGUACCCUGCACUUAUCAAUGCUACCACCACGAAUUGGUUCCUGGAAUGGCCGCGGGAGGCGCUGCUCGAGGUCGCCUAUAAGUUUCUUGAUGGAGUAGAGCUGUUGGCUUCUAUCACUGGAACCAGGGUUCGCAGGAAGGAGUCCCUGGUGGAGAGUCGAGAGGAUAGCAUGAGGGCGGCAGUAGCGUCGACAAUGUCGCUGAUACACUCGUCCGUGGGGCGCGCGUCCGUUAAGAUGUGGCAGGAGAUGAGGCGAACCAACUACGUGACGCCCACCAACUACCUCGAGCUGGUGGCCGGAUACAAGGAAAUGCUCAAGAGCAAACGAAUUGAGAUUGCUCUGCAAGCGAACAAGCUUCGGAACGGCCUGGGGAAGGUCGAGGAGACGACUAACUUAGUGGGGCAGAUGUCAGAAGAACUCGCUCUCGCUCAGGUUCAAGUCGCGGAGUACACGGAGCAGUGUAUAGAGUAUAUGGGCGUGAUCAACGUGCAGCAACGCAACGCUGACGAGCAGCAACGCAGUGUGGCCGCGCGCAGCAAGAAGACCAUGGAGGAGGAGGUGCAGUGCAAGAAGCUGGCCGAUGCCGCCAUGAGAGACCUCGCCAGCGCCAUGCCAGCUCUCGAGGAAGCCGUUAAGGCUUUAGACGCUUUGAACAAGAAGGACAUCACUGAGGUCAAGUCUUACGCCAAGCCGCCGCAGAAGGUGGAGAUGGUCUUGGAAGCUGUGCUUAUAUUGCUCCAGAAAGAACCAACCUGGGCUGAGGCGAAGAGACAACUCGGUGAUCAGUACUUCUUAGAUCGGUUGCGUGAUUUCGACAAAGAUAACAUAUCUGACAAGACGUUGAAAAAGAUUGGAACUUACACCGCCAAGCCAGAUUUUGAUCCAGAGAUCGUUGGCACUGUGUCGCUAGCGGCCAAGUCGCUGUGUUUGUGGGUGCGGGCUAUAGAGAAAUAUGGGAAAGUUUACAAAAUAGUGAAACCGAAAAAGGAACGUCUAGAAGAAGCGCUGGAGUCUUUGAGGGAGAAACAAAGGAUAUUGGCCGAAGCCCGCGCCAGGCUGAGGGAGCUGAGUGAGAUGAUCGCCCGCCUGCAGAAGGAGUACGACGAGAAACUGGCGCAGAAGGAGGAGCUGGAGAGGAAGUCGCGUCUGCUACAGCUCAAGCUGGAGAGAGCUGAGGCUCUCAUCACAGGCUUAUCUGGUGAAAGGGAAAGAUGGGAACAAACCGUGGAACGUCUCGACAAGGAGUUCGAGAACCUUCCAGGGGACUGUCUGAUUGCGACCGGCUUUGUGGCUUACCUCGGACCCUUCAUCUCCGAAUACCGGGAAGACCUCAUGGGUGACUGGUUCAGAGAGGUUUUCGACCAAACUCUACCAGUGACGAUGGACUUGAGCAUGAAGACGUUUCUUCUCGAUGACGCUACGCUCAGAGAUUGGAAUUAUAUGGGACUGCCAGAUGAUAACUUCAGCGCCGAGAAUGGUAUCAUCGUAGUCCGAGCGACUCGCUGGCCGCUGGCGGUCGACCCUCAGGGACAGGCGCUCAUUUGGAUCUCACGCCUGGAGGAAAACAACCAGAUACAGAUAGUGGACUUUGGUCAGCCGAACUACCUUAAGAUCAUGGAGAAUUGUUUAUCGCAAGGCAAACCUAUCAUCAUUCAAAACGUCGGGGAAGUUCUCGAUCCGUCCAUCGCUCCGAUAUUGGACAAAGCGAUUGUCAAAAUCGGUUCCGAUAUGGUCAUCAAGUUCAAUGAGAAAAUGGUCCCAUACAAUCCAGAAUUCAAGAUGUACCUCACCACUAAGUUAGGUAAUCCUGUUUAUAGUCCGGAAACCUUGACGAAGACGACGAUGGUGAACUUCGCGGUGAAGGAGCAGGGUCUGACGUCACAGCUGCUGAGCAUCGUGGUGAGGAAGGAGAGGCCGCAGCUCGAGCAGAUGAAGGACACCCUGGUCAUGACCAUAGCUAACAAUAAGAAAGUACUUAUGGACCUGGAGAACGACCUGCUGCGCAUCAUGUACGAGUCGCAGGUGCCCCUGUUGGAGAACGAAGAACUGUUCCAGACGUUGCAGGUGUCGCAGAGGACAUCCCUCGAGGUGAAGGAAGCUCUCAUCACCUCGCAAGAUACUGAAAAAGAAAUCGAUGCGGCGAGACAGGGUUACGUACCCGUAGCAACUCGAGCUGCGGUUCUGUUCUUCGCUCUCAACGACCUAGCUCGUAUCGACCCCAUGUACCAGUUCUCCCUGGACGCGUACAACGAUCUCUUCACCUACUCCAUCGACCGAAGCCCUAAGGGCGGCGACCUCGAGGACCGGAUCACUAACUUGAAUGAAUUCCACACCUUCGCCGUGUACAAGAACACAUGUCGCGCGGUGUUUGAGAGACACAAGCUGUUGCUGUCUUUCCACAUGGUGUCCCGAAUCCUGUUCCAGGCCGGCAAGAUGAGCAACCACGAGUACCUGUUCCUGCUGAAGGGCGGAGUGGUGCUGGACCGAUCUGAACAACCUGACAAUCCUACCAAUUGGUUGCCGGAAGACUGCUGGGACAACAUUACAGAGCUGGACAAACUGCCGGGCUUCCACGGCAUCUGUGAUACUUUUGAGACCUUCUCCAAGGAGUGGAAGGAGUGGUACCUGCAUCCUGAGCCGGAGUCACAGCCGCUCAUAGGCGAAUGGAACGAGAUUUGCAACGAGUUCCAACGCAUCCUGUUGGUUCGGUCGCUGCGCGUGGAUCGCGUGUCCUCGUGUGUGGCGGCCUACGUCGUUAACACGCUCGGCCCGCGGUACGUCGAACCCCCCGUCCUGGACAUACGGGCUGCUUGGGAAGAGUCUACCUGGAAGACGUCUCUGCUGUUCGUGUUGUCCCCGGGCGUUGACCCCACGUCGGCCUUGAUCCAGCUAGCCACUGAUACAAAGAUGUUCGACAAGUUCCAAUCACUUAGCUUGGGUCAAGGUCAGGCGCCCACUGCUGCCAGGAUGUUGAGUCAGGGUAUGAAGGAAGGUGGCUGGGUGUUCCUGGCAAACUGUCACCUGGCGUGCGUAUGGCUCGGCGCGCUGCGAGGCCUCGACAACCCCAAGAUACACCCGCGGUUCAGGUUGUGGCUGUCGUCGAUGCCUGAUGACAAGUUCCCUCUCAACAUACUGCAGAGGAGCAUCAAGAUGACCACAGAACCACCUCAGGGCUUGAAGGGCAACCUCGUCCGUAUAUUCGCGAACCUCAACGAGGAGAAGUUCGACCAGGCCACCCCCAAGUAUCGACGUCUGUUGUUCUGUGUGUCCUUCUUCCACUGUUCCCUCAUAGCUCGCAAACGGUUCCGACAACUUGGAUAUAACGCUGUUUACAGCUUCAACGAUUCUGAUUUUGAGGUAUCCGAUAACCUCCUAGCAAAUUAUCUGGAAGAGUACGAGGAGGUCCCUUGGGAUGCCCUGCGCUACUUAUUCUCUAUCAUCAACUACGGCGGUCACAUCACCGACGACUGGGACAAGCGAGUGCUCAUCGCAUACAUCAACCAGUUCUUCUGUGAGGAAGCCCUCGAUACGCCAUUCUAUAGGUUAUCCAGUAUCCCAGCCUACCACCUCCCCCGCGACGGUAGCCUUGAAUCGUACCGCGACUUCUUGGACCUCCUGCCGGCCUCCGAGCGAGCCGAAUCCGUCGGCCAGCACGCCUCCGCUGAUGUAGCGACACUCGCACAGGACGCCCGCAUAAUGUGCUCCACGUUGUUCGCGCUCGCCUCCACCGGCGGCGGCGGGGCGGGGGGAGGGGAGGAUCAAAAGGUCGAUGAGCUGGCUGCGGAGAUGCUGUCCAAGUUGCCGAGUCGUAUAGACGUGGAGACCACGGAGAGGAUGAUGGGUCCGGAGAUCGUGAUGCCCAUGUGUGUCAGUCUGCUGCAGGAGAUCGGAUACUACAAUGUGCUCAUCAGCACCAUCAUCGCCGGCCUCAAGGAACUGCGACGUGCCAUUGAGGGUCUGGUGGUGAUGUCAGAGAUGUUGGAGAUCAUGUACACGUGUAUAUUCGAGGGCCGCGUGCCGUCCUUCUGGCAGAAAGGUCGUCCGUCUAUAAAGCCGUUGGGCGCGUGGUGUAGGGAGCUGUUCCUCCGCGGCUCUCACCUGACGUCGUGGUCCAACGCGCCCCGCUCUCCCCCCACCCUCUGCUGGCUGCCGUCCCUCGUCGCGCCGACAGGAUUCCUCACCGCUGUGAUGCAGACGACAGCGCGCGGGGAGAGCUGGCCCAUCGACACUCUGUGCUGGGAGUUCACAGUCAUGCCGCUGGAGGAGACUGCCUUCGUCAGACCGCCCCGAGACGGCGGGGUUUACAUACGGGGUCUGUUCCUGGAGGGCGCCAGUUGGUUCCGGAAGGACGGUCACCUGCAGGAGCCGCUUCCCAUGCAGCUGGUGUUCCCCAUGACUCCGAUACACUUCAAGCCCAUACGAGCCACCGGGAGGCGCCUGAGAAAUCGUUACGUAUGUCCCUGUUACUACUACCCUCUCCGUAUGGGCGCCUUCGUGGUGGCCGUCGACCUUCACUCCGGCAAGGAGUCUUCCGAUUUCUGGGUCAAGCGAGGCACCGCGCUGCUUUGCACUCUGGCCACUUAAACCAGUUCUAUUUAAACUAAGUUUUGAUUUUAACUUAAUCAUUUAACCUGCAGAGUUUAUUUAUUAGGCGAAGCCAGAUAAAGUUGUGUUAUUUAGUUUUAAUAAAUUUGAUAAAUAAUUAA